AUGACUUCUCCAAGCUCUCUGCCAUUAUUUUCCCUUGUCACAACAAUCAAGCUUGCAUUCUAUAAUGUACUGUCCUGUUUCUGGCCUCGUUCAGAGGCUCCACCAGUGAGAACCCUGACUCGUUCCACGAGAAUAAUGAGUUACAGGGUGCUCGAAAGCUGGUGGAGCUGGUCUGGUCAUCAAGCAGGGGAUUGCUUACCAAUUUAUCUCCAUGGUUGUCAAAUUGAGGUGCAAAGUUACCAAUCAAAGGCUCCACUUAGCUUGGGGAAGACAGUCCUCGGUCUCACAUUCCAGGCCAUUGUUGGCUUGACUCUUGCAUCUAAUCCAGGCCAACCUGAUCAGGAUCAGGAUCAGCCACAUUUGCUGGCCUUGCAUAUGGUUGGAGUGGCUAUGGUGAUUGCUUUUGCAGCUUGUUUCUCUGCCAUUUUUCUAACGCGUGCCUAUCCAAGGGCUGCAAGCCUCAUUGAAAAAAUUGGGUCUGUUUCUGCUGCGCUCGGGUUUUUCCUAAUGACAACCGGUCCCAAGCCCGGAAGAAAAGGAGGAGGGUUUCUAACACACAGCAUUGAUUUAACUUUGAAAUAA